CUGCGAGCGAGAAGGAAAAGCUUAGACGCUGAAUCGUGGCUGCGAGGCCGGGAAAAGGGAAGGGAAACGUUGCGUCUUUGGAACCGACAGUGAUCAAAGUUCGGUGGAAUCUUCGCCGCUCCAACGUUCUCUUUUCCACUCUCAACGUUCCAUCGCGCUGCCUUCUUUCACCAGCGUUCCGUGUCGUCGUUCAGGAUUCGAGUCGCUGAUAUCUCCCCCCCCCCUAAUAAAAACAACUCCUUUUGCUUCCGAGGCGGCCUUUUUCAGCCGUUGGAUUAUGAGCAGCAGCGAGGCGCCCGACUGUGCGGCGACGUCAGCCGUGGCGUCCUACACUUGCAUCACUUGCCGCGUGGCUUUCAAGGAUGCUGAUGUCCAGCGUGCCCACUACAAGACCGACUGGCACAGGUACAACCUGAAACGGAAAGUCGCCGAGAUGCCGCCUGUCACUGCCGAGAACUUCCAGGAGAGGGUUCUGGCGCAGAGAGCCGGGCUGGAGGAGCAGAGCAAGGCCACUGCUACCUACUGCACGGCUUGCAGCAAGAGGUUCUCCAACUUCAACGCUUACGAGAACCACCUGAAGUCCAAGAAGCACCUGGACCUCGAGAAGAAAGCCGUCCAAGCGGUCAGCAAGAAGGUCGAACUCCUGAACGAGAAGAACUUGGAGAAAGGCCUCGCUCAAGAGAACGUCGACAAAGAUGCCAUGAAUGCUGCCAUCCAGCAAGCCAUCAGAGCCCAGCCCUCCUUGUCUCCAAAGAAGGCUCCCUUCCUGCCUGGCGGCGCUGGGUCUUCGGUUGCUGUGGAAAGUAGCAGAGAGCGUGCAGAAAAAGCUCCUCGGCUGCAGUGGUUUGAAGAACAGGCCAAGAAGCUGGCAAGAGAGCAGUCAGAGGAAGAAGAGGAGGCCGACGAUAUGGAAGAAGGUUGGGAGGAUGUAGACUCAGAUGAAGAUCUGGAGGUCGAAGAAGGACCGAUGGAAGGAAUCCCAGAUGAAGCCGAAGAGAGUGCAUCUGGGAAGGAUCACCCCAGCUCAGACGCGAUCCCAGUAACCGACUGCUUAUUCUGUUCCCACCAUUCAAGCUGUCUCAUGAAGAAUGUGUCCCACAUGACAAAAGUUCACAGUUUCUUUAUUCCAGAUAUAGAAUAUCUUGUGGAUUUCAGAGGUCUGAUUAAGUACUUGGGAGAGAAGGUUGGCCUUGGGAAGAUCUGCCUGUGGUGCAAUGAGAAGGGGAAAUCCUUCUAUACGACGGAAGCUGUGCAGGCCCAUAUGAACGACAAAAGCCACUGCAAGCUCUUCACGGAAGGAGAUGCUGCUCUGGAGUUUGCAGACUUCUAUGACUUCAGGAGCACUUACCCUGACUAUCAGGAAGGAGAUGGUGCAGAGAUGUCUGAAGAACUGCCACCGGAGAAGAAUUUGGAUUAUGACGAUGAUUCAAUGGAGCUGAUUUUACCCUCAGGUGCCCGGAUCGGUCACCGUUCAUUGAUGAGAUACUAUAAGCAGCGGUUUGGUUCUUCAAGAGCUGUGGCUGUUUCUAAAAAUAAACAUGCUGUGGGCAGAGUAUUGCAGCAAUAUAAAGCUCUAGGAUGGACAGGCGGCACAGGAGCAGCACUGGUUCGUGAGCGUGACAUGCAGUACCUUCAGAGGAUGAAGGCAAAGUGGAUGCUGAAGACCAGCAUGCAGAAUAACGCUACAAAGCAAAUGCACUUCCGUGCGCAAGUCAGGUUCUGAGAGUGCCCAGCGAUAAGCGGGACUAGCCUGAGCUUGCCUCGUUCUUUCUGCAAUACUGUGGAAGGAAGAUCCAGUCGCGGAGAAGUGUCGUAUUGCAUGCUGCUAUUUCAGCAUGUUUCCCAAGGAGAUCUCAGCCCCGGUGUAACUGGCUGUCAGACUUCAAAUCAAUAAAGCCUAUGCAUAAGAAA